AUGUAUCGGGGGGCUCGGGCAGAACUGUACUUGGCCCGUCUCAGGGCUCGCAGAACAGGGAGCGUAGGGUAAUACUUUGCGUGGCGGCCGCUGCGCUCCUCCCCUCCACCCUCCUAUCCCCCCACCUCACUCCGCUUGUGCGGCCGCGUGGUGGUGCCUCCCGCGGCGCUGCGGCUGCUCUCCGAUCCCGAGCGAGCACAUAUCCUCGCCACCUUAUCACGAGGCCCUCGCACCGCGCCGACGCGAUCAGCGCGUCGAGCCACCGGAGUCUCCCCUUGCGGGAUUGCAUCUCAAGAAUAUGGGGAGAAAGAAGAACCCCAUUGUCUUUCUGGAUGUAUCCGUAGGUGACGAGCCAGAUGAAAGAAUGAUCUUUGAGUUGUUUGCUGAUGUUGCACCCCUUACAACUGAGAACUUCAGAGCUUUAUGCACAGGUGAGCUGGGAAUUGGACAGAAGACUAAGAAGCCCUUAUGUUACAAGGGAACAUUGUUCCACCGCGUGAUCAAGGGGUUUAUGGCACAAGAUGCAAGACAGAUGAUAUCGACUGCUUUUCUUAUCAUAUAGUAUUUAAGGGAGGUGACAUUGCAAAAGAAAAUGGGUCUGGUGGUGAAAACAUAUAUAGUGGAAAAUUUACAGAUGAAACUUGUGUUCUACUUCAUGAUGAUCGUGGCCUCUUGACAACAGCAGAUACUGGAUUCAAACCUAGUGGCUCCCAGUUCUGCAUUACUUUCAAGCCUAAUUCUCAUCUUGACAGGAAGCACACAGUUUUUGGCAAGCUUGUUGUUGGAAGUGAUGUUCUGAAGAGGAUCGAGCAAGUAGAUGUGCAAUCCCCUGAUUCAACUCCUGUUAUUCCAGUUACUAUAGUAAAUUGUGGAGAGCUCAUUGAACGCAAAGAUAUUGGCUCUAUGUCAAUAGAAAUUGAUAAAAAAAGGGCUGCCAAAUCAAAGUUGACAAGGGAUAUAACUUCUGACGAGGAAAGUAAUGAAGGACAACACAAGAGACGUCGUAACAAAUCUUCAAAAAGGAGAAGGAAGAAGAGGAGAUAUUCUUAUUCGGAAUCAGAUAGCUCUUCUGAGUCAGAGACUGAAUCAUCUGAUUAUGAGAGCGAUUCUGAUACUUACUCUAGUGACUCAUCUGAUGUCAGCAGCUCAAGUGAUGACAGGCGAAGGCGCAGAAAGAGACACUCGAAGAAAAAUAAACGCAAGCAUUCAAGAAGAAAGCGUGACCAUAGGCGCGAAAGAAGGCGUAGGAAGCGUGGUAGGAAAUCAAAACAGAAGUCAAAAAGGAUAGUAAAGGGUGAUAGUGAAGCUGAAAGUACGGGCGAUAGCAGUUCUGAAGAUGCUAGAAGCAAGAGACACCGCCGUGGGCGGAAGUUCAAGGCAUCAUCUCAAGUUUCUGAGGAAAAUCUUGCUGGAGUGGCUGCUUUGAAGGAUGCCACCUCACCUCAACAAAAGAGUGGAAUACAGAGGAGUCCAGCACAAGAUGUCUCCUCCCUGCAAAAUGGGGAAGUCCAUACAAAUGGUGUUAAUGACUCAAAAAUUGAAAGAAAUGCCGCUGUCAUGCCUGUUUUAACUGGCAAUCGAAGCAAAUCUAGGAGCCAGAGCAUGAGUGUUAAUCACUCAAUGAGCAAGAGUAUGAGUAUCAGUCCAAGAAGAAGCCCAAUGAAAAGGUCAAGUACCAGCCCGAAGAGGUCACUUAGCAGGAGCCCUGUUGACAAUAAUCACAGUAGAAGCCCUAUCCGUACUCCCAAAAGAAGCGUGAGCAGGAGUCCAGCCAGGCGGCAGAUCAUGAGCAGGAGCCCUGCUAGGAGCCCACCCAGAAAUUCAAGCAGAAGCCUUCACAUAAGCAGGAGUCCUGUUAAAGCCCACAGAAGAAGCAUUAGCAGGAGCUCAGCUAGGUCCAUGCAACAGAGAAGUCCAAGCAGGAGUCUGGAGAGAACUCAUGUACGAAAAAGUAUCAGUCCAAGCCCACCUUUGGAGAAGGGAAGAAGCAUUACCCGUACCUCUGUGGUAUCUCCAUUGCGAAGUGUUAGUCGGAGCCCAGCAAGGAUUUCAAGGAGCCCACAUAGGCCUUCUAGGAGAAGCCCUAUGAGAAGUCCACGAUGGAACAUACGCAGAAGCCUCAGCAGGAGCCCUGCAAGAAUACCUAGAAGAAGUGUGAGCAGAAGCCCAGUAAGAGGUGGUCGACCUCGCAGGAACAUUAGCAGAAGUCCCAGUCCACAUCGCAGGGUAGUAACACCACCAAACAAUGGAAGAAGCCCAUCCAGGAGUGGUUCUCCUGAUGGGUCACCAAAACGCAUAAGACGUGGACGGGGUUUUACUCAGAGGUACUCAUACGCAAGACAAUAUCGCUCACCUUCUGCUGAUCGCUCACAUCGUUAUGGUGGAAGAAAUGACCGUGACAGAUACAUGGGUUACCGGGGUUCCCGCCAUCGAUCACCUCCUAGACGGUAUAGAAGCCCACCCAGAGGAAGAGUGUCAUCGCCAAGGCGUGGUAGGUACAGGAGGAGGAGCCGAAGCGCCUCACGCAGCCCUGUCUACAGGGAAAGAGGAAGGGGAGGUGGAUACAGCAAAAGCCCUAUACGGAGCAGUUCACCCCCUGCCAGGAAACCAAGGUCACAUGGUGACCGUGCACGGUCAGUUUCAAGAAGCCACCUUUCUGGGUCAGUAUCAAGGUCUCCUCCAGUGCAUCAUCCCUCUCCACCUGAUUCCCCAUCAGUGAAGCAUGCAAGUGAUGAGAAAUCUCAGUCCGCGUCCCCAGCUCUGUCACUGUCUGGUAGCCCUAAUCGUGGAGGCAAGAAAGGUUUGGUUUCCUACGGGGAUGGCUCACCUGAUUCAGCUGGGAAGUAGGUUUCCACCGGGGCAUUGAAAUGUAUCUUACACCGUUAGCCAUUGGCUGUUGAUCAGGUCCAUCAAUACUUUUUGUUAUAUUUCUACUGUAAGAAGCGGUUUGGUCCUUGAGCUGCCCAGCUGUUACAUAUGUUGUUUGGGAUGAUCGGCUAUGUCCUUUGGUUAUCACAAGAGUCGUAAUUUGAGCUUAGGUUUUGCUGUUGCUAAACAUGUAGCACAGAUUCAGUGUGGGAUUUUGAUGUUAUAUAAGCUUCAACGCAAAGAAUCAUUACAAUGUUUUGACCUCGGAUGCCUAAGUACGAUUCACAAUUUAUUUCUUUUGCAUA